AUGUCGGAAAAGAAAGAUAAGCGUCGCUCCGUUGUGGAGGACGUGCCGAUCCCUAAGCAUCUUUUCUCGACUGCUAAGUUCGACUCGCCAUGGGAAAAGGUCAAAUGGGAGAAAUCUCUUCCUAAGAAUGAACGUGUUCAACGCAGUCUUUCAACUUCACUCAAUCGGAAAGAUAAGAGCGGUCUCAAUCGCUCAUCGAGUCUUUCGGCCUUAAAAAUCUCAAAGCCCCCCUCGCACCACCCGGCCACUCACCAACCCACCCGCAUUGAUAGUUUGAAGAGUCCCAACUCUCUGAAGCCUCUAAACUCCGAUUCAGAAGAUGAGCCCAUCACACCAGUCAAGCAAGUGGCUUUCAGUCCAACUCAACUCAGCCGAGUCAGUUCUCGCACUGAGGAUAGCCACCAAAGCCAUGCAAGCCAUCAAAGUAGUAUGCAUGAUACUUAUGAAAAAGCCAAAUUGAGGGGAGUAGCACUACAGAGAAAGUAUUGGGUCCGACUUUUAUUCGAGUGGGGACUAUACCUUCUUCUUGUGCUUUUCGUCUACUUCGUCCUCGUCGGCGUGCCCUUAUGGAAAGGAGCUGUCUGGUGGCUCUACUGGGUCGUUAGAAACAAAUUUGUUUUCCAAGGAGGCUUUGCUAUUACUAUCGGCUUGGCUGCACUAUACGCCUUUUUGCCCCUGUUAAUUCUAUUCGACAAAGACCCGCCACCUAAGGAGAUGACUGAGAACUUCGACCUGGAACAAAACUCCUCAAAUGUCAAAUCGACGGCCCUGCUCAUCCCCUGCUACAAAUCCGCUGAGAUUAUCGGCCCAACACUAAAAGCCGCCCUGGAAAUCUUCCCGCCGGGGAAUAUUUUUGUCAUUGCCAAUGGAAAUUCGGAAACACCUUUGGAUAAUACAGAGGAGGUAUGCAAGCCCUUUGGUGUUAAUCACCUCUGGGUGCCUGUCGGGUCGAAAAUCGUGGCGCAAUUCGCUGGCUGCUACGCUGCCAGUGAGUUCGAAAACGUUCUCCUGAUUGAUGAUGACUGCGCAUUGCCUCCCAACUUCCCCAUCGUUAGUGACCAACUUAAGGGAAAGGUCCAAUGCGUCGGAUACACGAUCAAGAGUGUCGGGCCGGAAUCGUCAAAGGGUACAUGGUGCCAGCAAGCUCAAGACCUGGAGUACAAGAUGUCUGGACUGCAACGUGCUUUCUUUGCGCUACGUUCCCCCCACGGCGCGAUUUCAAUUUGGAAUACGGAAUUUCUCAAGCAGACUUUCAACGAGCAUCCCGGGUUUUCUGUUUCGGAAGAUUGGUUCUUCGGAGACAGUUGCCGUCGUCUCGGAGGUCGCAUUACCAUGUGCUCGGCUGUUUUUGUUGAAACCGAGACCCCAGCUUCUGUGUUCUUCAGUGGCAAAGGCAGCCGCGGUGGAUUUGGUGAGAUGACAAUCUUCCAGCAAAGAUUUAAGCGUUGGAACUUCUUCUUUGUCAUUGGAAUGUAUUAUGACCUGAAGUAUAUUUUCACUAGCUGGAAGCUGGGAUGGUGGGAAAUUGGAGCUAAGAUCUGUGUUUUCCAAGAGGUCUAUGAGACACUGAUCUAUCUUCUCGCACCCUUCGUCCUUCCGAUUUCCUUUAUCGUCCGCCCCGAAUUUUGCGGUAUUCUUCUCGGUGCCACCAUUGGCAUGUAUAUUGUCAAUGUCAUCAUCUUCAACGAAAUCCACCUUCGACUGAAGAAAGAGCGCAUCAGCUGGACCGUUCUACUCAUUUACUACACAAUCUACAAGAUCGCACUGACAAUCAUCAACGUCAUCAGUUGCUACUGGUCUUUGUACAAAUAUGCUCGUUAUUUUGCCAUGCGCCACCCAAAGGUCAUUGAAGACGAACAAGCUAUUGGGGUUGUUCUCAGUCUUGAGAAAGAUCUCGGCUCAUCUACUACAUCUCUCGUUGAGACCGAAAAUCAUCCUGCCACCGCUAAGAGCCUAAAGAGAUUGACUUUGACUCGGGUCAAGGCGGACCAGGCAGCGCUAUCUACAUUCGGGGCGUUGGAAACGCACCAAGAUUCACCCAGAUCCCCAUGCUGA